AUGACGUCAGUGGAUCAACUGCCGCGGCCCUCUGGUGCCGCGAUUUUCGGAGCCGGCAAACCUUCCUCGCUGCAAAAAUCUCGCCGAUCAAUGGAAGCUGUUUCCUUUGCCCAUCGACUGACAGGUCAGUCUGUCCUCGAGCCCUCGGUGGGUGUGAAGAUCAGAUCGCUGCUCGCGAUGCAGCAGGCUCCAUUACGACUGUCCCAGACAUUAUGGUCCGCCUUUCGAGCCGCCAAGCCUGUCCACCGAUCUCUCACAUGGCCCCGUCCAUUCCCCCCCGUGAUGCGCCCAAGUGCACAGCCAUGGACGCGGCAACGACCUCGAAUAGCUGUUCAAGCUCGGUUUUAUAGCGAAAAGAAGCCUGAGAUUGGCCGGGAAAUAGAGGAUGCUAAGAGUCGAAUAGACAAAGGUCUCGAGUCAAGAGCAGACACAGCGGCGCACAUGCAAGAUAAGCACAAGCAUCCUCAAGAAGAAACUAUUGUCCACACCAUCCCUGAGUCCGCCUCAAUAGUACAUACCUCCAAACAUGAGGCACACACGGCUCCCGAUAAACCAGAACCAGAACCGGCACAGCCCUCUUCCUCUAGUGAAACGCUUCCGUCCGCCAUCUCCUCUCGUUACUCCGACCUUCAACAACGUUUCGCCCACUUCAUGGACAACUUCCAAACUCACGUCUUUACAGCCUCUCGCCGCUUAAACGACCUAACCGGUUAUUCCGGGAUCGAAGCCUUAAAGACUGACAUAGAACACCAAGAAUCUGUGGUCCAGGAAUGUCGUGCAGCCGUGAAGGACGCUCGGGCCCACUACAGCGAAGCAAUAGCUAAGCGGAGUACGACGCAACGCGAAGUCAAUGAUUUGCUGCACCGAAAACAUACGUGGUCGCCCGCAGAUUUGGAGAGAUUCACCAGUCUAUAUCGGUCCGAUCACGCCAACGAGCAAGCCGAAACCGCUGCGCAAAAGGAAGUUAGUGACGCAGAAGCCCGGUAUGAAGAGGCGUCCACGAAACUUGCGAAGGCGAUAUUGGCUAGGUAUCAUGAAGAACAAAUCUGGAGUGAUAAAAUAAGGCAGAUGUCCACCUGGGGCACAUGGGGACUGAUGGGAAUCAAUGUAUUGUUGUUCCUGAUCUUUCAAGUCGUCUUGGAACCAUGGCGAAGGAAGCGCUUGGUGAAGGGCUUCGAAGAGAAAGUGGAGUUAGCAUUGAAAGAAAGGGAGGAAGAGACCAAAACUGCAGCACUACGGCCGAAUCAAAGUACUGCGGAGGCUGCAGCGAGCUUAACACCGGGCGAGAAAGUCGAGGCAGGAGCGGAUAAUAUUGCGGAACAGAUCGUCGAUGCUGUUACCGGUGCAACAUCUGAAGAGAAAGCUCUAACGCCACCUCCAUUGUCGAACAUUGAAGCAGUCGCCGAAUCUUUAACAGCACAAGAACUCGCUGCUGAAGGAACUCUGCACGCAGUCUCCCCCGAUACUCUCCCACUUGCUGUCCCAACCGAAGAAAAGUCACCCCAGCCCGUGAACGGGUCCUCGCGUUGGACAUCUCCUGAAUCUCCCCUGGCUUGGUACGAAGACUCUCUGAGAGCACUCUUCAGCGACGACCACAAGAUCCUCGUCUCACAGAGGGAAUUGACCACCGUGGCCAUGGAAGGCAUGGCAGGCGGAAUGGCAAUCAUGGGCCUCCUUUUUGUACUCCUCCGACCCCGGUAG